CUAUGGCAUCUUUAGGAAAAAGAGGGAAACCUUUACAAGGCCAGUCACGCGAAAUUAUUUACAAUGUUUAUAAAUAUUUUGUAACCGAAGCUGACAGAUUUAAAAAAAAUGUCGACGAAAAUGUAAGUAGUUAUUUUAAGAAGGUUCAAGAACGAGUUGCAAAUGCCACUGGAAUUUCAAGAAGAACUUUGAACAAUAUAUUAAAUGAAGUCAGUACUGAAACACAUCCUACUGAAAUUAAGUUCAGCACUCCAAAAAAAGGGCGACCAAAAAAGCAAUUUCGUUUAAAUAUGGACGAUUUUGAUUAUGAUGUUGUUCGAAGAAUGGUGUAUGAUUUUCACUUACGAUUUAAUGAACUGCCAACAAUUAAAUCAUUAAAAGCUAAAUUGUCUGAAGCUAUUAAUUACAAUGGGUCAGAAAAGACUUUGAGAAAAAUACUUCACGAGAUGGGAUUUCGGUUCACUAAAAUGGAAGAUAAUCGAAAAGUGCUAAUGGAAAAGCAGGAUGUAAGUCUCAAGCGAAUGGAAUACCUCGAUAAAAUACGCAAAUUUCGCGAAUCAGGAAAAAAUAUCGUCUACAUGGAUGAGUCUUACAUACAUACAUCCCACACUAAAGCGAAAUCUUGGAGUGAUGAUAAGAAAAAAGGAGUAAAAAAGCCAAUUUCAAAAGGUCAACGAUUGAUAAUAGUUCAUGCGGGAAAUGAGAAAGGCUUUGUACCCGGUGCCUUUUUAAUGUAUAAAUCUACGGACACUACAGGUGACUAUCAUAAUGAAAUGAAUAACCAUAACUACGAAAAAUGGCUGGUUAAUCAAUUAAUCCCAAAUAUACCCAGUGAUUCUGUUCUAGUUAUCGACAACGCACCCUAUCACAACAAAUAUGUUGAAAGACCUCCCAAUUCAAACACCAUUAAACAAGAAAUGAUUAACUGGUUAAACAAACACGACAUUCCAGUUGAUCCAAAAUUAACAAAACCCCAGAUUUACGAUAUUAUUUGUCAGCACAAGGAGAGGUAUACAGAGUUUUCUGUGGACAAAAUACUCGCCGAACAUGGGCACACUGUAUUGCGAUUGCCACCAUAUCAUCCGGAUUUUAAUCCAAUUGAAAAUAUAUGGUCUCAACUGAAAGGUUAUGUAGCCUCUAAAAAUGUAGGUAUGAAUUUAACUACAGUAAAAACAUUAUUGACUGAAAAAGUAAACAUGAUCGGGACUGAAGAGUGGAAAAAGGUUUGCGAUCACGCAAUAAAAUGUGAGAAUGAACAUAGAAGCAUUCAACACGGUUUAGACAAUUACACUGAUAGACUAGUGAUAAAUACGGCUGAUAGUGAUAGUGAGCUCUUUGAGAGCACAGAUAGUGAAAUGGAAGUAAUUGAGAAUUAAAGUUAUUAUUAUUUUAACUAGAGGUAUAAUGGUAUUUAUCAUGUACACUACAGUUGUAAUUUUCGAAAAGAAUUAAAUACGUAAACAUAAUUUGAA